GUAAAGGCAUACGGAUACCUAGAAUUUAAGGGUUGAGCAUGCUGCCCAGUUGUUGCGCCGGAGCGGGCCCUGCCUCCGCUUCCGGUUGUUACGGCCGGUGUUGACAGAGCAGGCCUUGAUAAGAGGCAAGGAAGCGAGCUGAAAUCCGUGGCGAUGGCGCCAAAGCUGGCGACUGAUGGAGUCCUUUUUGAUGACAAACUGGAGGUUUUAGUUGCGAUCAACCGUUACGGAUUGCGGACCCGACCUUGACGGGCUUGGCCACUCCAUCGGAUCUGCUGGUAUUGGACAUUGGCGAAAUGCACCGAUGAUACUGCGCAGCAAAAGAAGAGGAAUUCCAGAACACACGGCCCACCCGAACCACGAGGACCACCGCGUGGCCAGUGUGCAGUACUCGGCAGUUGCAAGACAUGAACCCCUGAACAAGUGCUUACCACUUUUCAAGGUGUGUCCGGCGUGCCUUGCUAGUGUACCGCGCUCUCUUCAGCACGGCCCACGCAGGGCCCCUCGAGGCGAGAAGAAGAAUGGGGUUGCAUGGAUGGACAUGGGUGCAUCGAUGCAUGGAAAGAUGAGCGCUGCAGAAGAAUUAAUACGGGGGGAGGUCGCACCUGGCGCUGAGCCAAGGGUCGCCGGCCGUUCUGCUGCUCUUUUUGCUGCUUCUGCUGCCCAUCCCCUCGGUGCACCUGAUCGAUCCUCUCACCUAAAAUUCCUGUAUUACGAUUAUUCCUCUCAGCUUCCAUUCUUCUAUCCUUUUUGUUCUCGCUGCCGGACCGCUCGGAUUGUCCCUCACUCUCCCGUCAUAAUCCCCCCUUUCUGUCAACCCGCCGUGGCCCGCUUUCCCCAUCCGUCACAUCCCGGCUCACUCCUCGUCAGUCCAGCUCCAGUUUCACCAGCAACCCCCAGACAACAGCAGACAGCAUUGUCGAGAAGCGCCAAUUGCCCAUCGGAAGCCUGGCCGGUCGAUGGUAAGGCGAGGAUAAGGCGCCAUUGAGAUCGAAUCUCGACCACGGGCUCGCUGCGACGUCAUUACGACCUUCUUACAGCGCCAUCAGGCGUUUCAUGUCCUGUGGACCUCAACUCCCCUUCGUGCGCCGCCCUCCGUCACUCGCUCGCAGCACGCCCUCCUCCACAGCUAAUACUCCGAAGUUCGACAAUCGUCACACGCCGAACGACCUUUUUGGUUUUUCCUUUUUGAUAUUUCGCAUCGAUUCGCCAUCACAACGGCCACCCGACUGAUAUAAUGUGUUUUGGAGCUCGUGAAAAAGGCGACGAGGCCGGCGCGGCCAGGUCGCGUGAGUUGGACAAGAUUAUUCGUGCCGAUGAGAAGAAGAUGUCGAAGGAGGUGAAGCUGCUGUUGUUAGGAGCGGGCGAAUCCGGAAAAUCCACGGUGCUCAAGCAGAUGAAGUUGAUCUACGCGCAGGGGUUCAGCAAAAGCGAAAAGCUGGAGUGGAAGCCAGUAGUGUUCCAGAAUAUCGUCCAUUCCUUUCGAUUAAUCUUCGACGCCAUGAACGAGCUCAACAUCCCAUUUGAGAACCCAGAUAACGAGAAAAACAUGGCGCACAUUAUGGUGGACUACGAUGUGGUUGCGGAUGAGCCACUGCCAGAAGACUACUUGGAGCCCAUCAAAAGCUUAUGGCAAGACCAGGGCGUGAAGAGUGCCAUCGCGAAGGGCAACGAAUAUGCCUUGCAUGACAACCUUGACUACUUCUGCGGCGAUUUGGACCGUGUUUGGGCCAAAGACUACGUACCAACUGAUCAGGAUUUGUUGCGCUCAAGGUUAAGGACAACGGGCAUCACUGAGACGAUCUUCGACCUCGGUCAGCUCACAUAUCGCAUGUUCGACGUCGGCGGCCAAAGAUCAGAACGCAAGAAGUGGAUUCACUGCUUCGAAAACGUCAACUGCCUGCUAUUUUUGGUAGCCAUUUCAGGUUACGACCAAUGUCUGGUGGAAGACAAGGACGGUAACCAAAUGAACGAAGCCCUGAUGCUGUGGGAGUCCAUCGCCAACUCUCACUGGUUCAGCAAGUCUGCGCUGAUCCUCUUCCUGAACAAGAUGGAUCUUUUCAAAGAGAAGCUGGCCAAGAGCCCGAUAACAGAUCACGGCUUCACUGACUACCACGGCCCACCGGACGACCCGAACCUGGCCAGCAAGUACUUCAUGGACAAGUUCCGGGCGCUGAACCGGAACCCAGAGAAGGAGAUUUACGGACAUUUCACUAACGCGACCGACACCAACUUGCUCAAGAUCACCAUGGGUUCCGUGCAGGAUAUGAUUAUCCAACGGAACUUGAAGCAGCUUAUACUUGCGCGCCCCUUGUAAAGGUUUUCUCGGUGUCCGUCUGCAAAGAAGAAACGGCCGGAAACCGGGGAGAGGAGGCCAAAAGACAAAUGGUUGUAAUUCACCACACUACCCUUGUUUUGUUUCGCUUCCUUUUUUGUUUGUUUUCGUCAUUCAUCCUUGUCAUUACUUAUCAUGAUACUGGGUUUCUGGGCGGCUUGUUUUUCUGUUGCUUUUUUCCUUCUCAUGCCCUUUUUCCCCGUUUUUUAUGUUUUAUUGGGGAUACAAAUGUGACCUAACCAGAGUUUUUUUUUACUUGAUUAUGAUAGGGUCUGAAAAAGGAAGAAGAGAAGAGAACAUGAUAGCCUCCGUUUCUUCUUUGCGAGUUUUCCGCGACACAUUUCUUCACCGUUUCUCUACAUUUGAGCCGAGACCGACUGCACCCGCUGCUGCAUAUUCAUGCAGAUCUCGACAGACCCCGGCUCUUAUUUUACCCUCCGCGUGGCAGACACGGCACACACACGAUUCCCGCCCGUCCGUCCGUCCGUCUACGAACCGAAUUGUUACUUGCCGUCCGAACGGGUUCGAAUGACGACAUUGCUUUGUCCGUUUGGGCAGACCUUUUGAUUCAAGGUGUAUAUGCUUAUUUUUGGGGGGAGGGGCGGGGGGGCGUGUUUGGUUUGUUUAUACUUUUUUAUAUACCUUUUUGGGGG